AAACUAUAAUUGAUCUGCAGCGUGUUCAGUCAUGGUGAAUUCUACGGUGAUGAACACUGCAAUGAAGGCUGCUCUUCUGCACUCAGACCCACUGUACUUGGUCCUGAUAUCCCUGAUGCUGAGCUGCUUCUGUCUUUUCAUUUUCUUCAUGGCGAUAAUCCUAUGGGCCUUCUUCUCCACCUCACACAUGGAAGAGGAACCUCGCUACAUCCUAUUUGUCCACAUGCUCAUCAAUGACGCAGUGUAUCUCGUACUAGGGCUCUUCGUCUUCUUUGUGACAGCGUAUGUCAUUUACUUCCCUGUUCCCGUGUGCUAUAUUCUGGUCAUGGUGACCUCUACUAGUUUCAAGGUCACCCCAUACACCCUGGCGGUCAUGUGCCUGGAGCGGUACGUUGCCAUCUGUUUCCCGCUCAGGCACGCGGAGGUUUGCACCAGACAGAAGUCGUAUUUGGCCAUUGCGAUGAUUUGGAUAAUCGGGUUGAUACCUAAUGUUGCGGAUUUCAUUAUUUUGUGCUCUUCGGUGAAACAGGACUUCUUUUAUCAUUACUGUCUCUGUGUAAGAUCCGAAUUUGUCCUCACUGAAGCACAGAACACUAUAAGGUCUCUCGUCCAUGCCACAACGUUUUCCCUGGUGGGGCUGAUCAUCGUCUUCACCUAUAUCAAGAUCAUGCUGGUGGCUGUGAAGCUGGACUCAGGGAAGGCUUCUGCCUCCAAGGCUGGGAGAACCGUCAUAAUGCAUGCGUGUCAGCUCCUGUUAUGUAUGACCGCCUUCACCUACACCCUGACGGAAGCGUACCUCCGCAAAUACCUUUACAUGUUGCCUGUAAUCAACUUCUUCUUCUUCAUGUGUCUCCCACGCUUCAUUAGUCCCUUGAUUUAUGGAAUAAGAGAUGAAGUGUUUAGUAAAUACUUAAAGCGGUUUGUACUGUGUAAGCCCGUUAGGACAGCCCCUAAUUCAGUGACAUCGUGACACCCGCCAGAGACUCCUCACCCACUUUUAUCAUGAAUAUGGAAGAUGAGUAAUAAUGAUAACUAUGUAUUCUGAUUGGCCCAGUCUAAGAAGCGGCUCGCACAUUAUGUCCGUUUUAUAUUUUAGGGUAAAUUA